AAAAAGACGUGUCUCUCCGGCCGGGAGAGCCGGGUUGGGGUCACCGUGUGGCGGGGUCGGUGUGUGCCCCGCGGUGGGGAGGUCAUAGCGGAACGGACCCGGAGGAGAUGGAGGGCGACGGGGCCCCUGCGUGGCGGGGUCCCGGCGGGGCCGUCCGCGACUUGUGCCGCUCCUUCGCCCACUACAACCGGCACCUGGCGAGGCUGCAGCACAACCUGCGCGAGACCAAGAGGUUCUUCCGCGACGUCAAGUACUCCCAAGUCCACCCCUUCGCCUCCGCGGCCCCUGGAGAGGAGAUACCGCCCGGCGCGGGGGACGGGACCCUCCGCGAUGGCCCCGCGGCCGGCGGGCAGAAUUUCAUUUCCUUCCCUCGCCAUGAGGAAGAGCACCUCCAGCGAACUGUGAGCUGGCACCCUUGCCUCCUGAUUCUUGGCCAGAACUGUAACGCCAAAUGCCAGUUACUCAACAUUCUGCUGGGUGAGAAGCUGCUCCCUACCACCAAAAUCAGCAGUGAGGAGAAUUGUAAGAGGCGACGGAUCCGUUUCACGCAUGGGACGCAAACACGGAUUAGCCUAGCGCUGCCUGAGCAGUAUGAACUGGUCCAUAUGAUGGCAGCCCACCGAGGGCACUGGGACACAAUACCAGAGGAGGACUUGGAAAUUCGUGGGGACAGUGAAGAUCCUGCUCACCAGAUAGCAGAGCUGGAGGUCAUGCUGCCGUACUCACUACUAAAGGAAGUGGAUGUUGUGGUGGCACCAUGUCGUGGAUUCCAGCCUGCUGAAGCCACCUUGGGAGAGUACGUGAACCAAGUCUUACCCGUUGUCAUCUUUGCCAUCAGCGAGGCUGAACUUUCCUCAUCAGAUGAGAACGAACUGCGUGAAAUCAAAGAGAAAUUCUCUUUGCCUAUUUUCUUCUUCAAAGUGCCGGAGUCAGGGAUUGAACUGAUCUCUCCUCCUAAAACUGAUAAUGAAAAGUCUUCCCUUUACAGCCAGCUGAUGGACUUGGAGUACCUGAGUUCCAACCACUGCAUCUGUGGGGCGCCUGGGCCUGACGGCGAUGCCCAAAGCAUGCUGGUAGAGCAGUUUGAGAAGCUCCGUCUCCUAAGCACUUUUUCCAGACAGGUGCUUCAGAAGCAUCUUGUGGAAGCAGCUACCAGUUUGAAUGAGCUGCACUGCCGCUGCCUGAACAUCUUCAUCAAUCAGGCUUUCGACAUGCAGCGGGACCUGCAGAUCACCCCCAAGAGGCUGGAGUACACCCGCAAGAAGGAGAAUGAGCUCUAUGAGUCUCUGAUGAACAUUGCCAACCGCAAACAAGAGGAGAUGAAGGACAUGAUCAUAGAGACUCUUAGCAAUAUGAAAGAGGAGCUCCUGGAGGAUGCUGCUAAUAUGGAAUUCAAAGAUAUCAUCAUUCCUGAGAAUGGAGAACCUGUUAGUUCCAAGGACAUAAAGUGUUGUAUUAAGCAAAUUCAGGAACUGAUUAUUUCUCGAUUAAACCAAGCAGUUGCCAACAAGUUAAUUAGUUCGGUGGACUAUCUGCGAGAAAGCUUUGUAGGGACUCUGGAGAGAUGUCUGAAGAGCCUGGAGGAGUCUUGGGAGGUUUCAGUACAUCCUGCAAGGAGUUUGGAGAAGUCAAAGGAUGUUUCUGUACACAUCACAAGCAAUUAUCUCAAACAGAUACUAAAUGCAGCCUAUCAUGUUGAAGUCACUUUCCAUUCUGGCUCAACAGUAACCAGGAUGCUGUGGGAACAGAUCAAACAGAUAAUCCAGCGGAUUACAUGGGUCAGCCCACCGGCCAUCACCAGUGACUGGAAGAGGAAAGUUGCUCAGGACGCUAUUGAGAGCCUCAGUGCAUCCAAGUUAGCCAAAAGCAUUUGCAGCCAGUUUCGGACCAGGCUAAACAGUUCCCAUGAGGCUUUUGCAGCUUCUCUGCGGCAGUUAGAAGAUGGCCAUUCUGGCAGGCUGGAGAAAACAGAAGACUUGUGGCUGAAGGUGCGGAAAGAUCAUGCUCCUCGACUAGCACGACUCUCGCUGGAGAGCAGGUCCCUCCAGGAUGUGCUGUUACAUGGCAAACCAAAGCUGGGCCGCGAGCUGGGCCGAGGACAGUACGGCGUGGUCUAUCUGUGUGACAGCUGGGGUGGGCAUUUCCCAUGUGCCCUGAAAUCUGUUGUUCCUCCAGAUGAGAAGCACUGGAACGACCUUGCACUUGAGUUUCACUAUAUGAGGUCUCUGCAGUCGCAUGAGCGUCUCGUACAUCUCCAUGGUUCUGUGAUUGAUUAUGGCUAUGGAGGAGGCUCCAGCAUUGCUGUCUUACUCAUAAUGGAACGGUUGCACAGAGACCUCUAUACAGGACUAAAGGCUGGGCUAGAAUUAGAAACACGAUUACAGAUUGCCUUGGAUGUAGUCGAAGGAAUCCGUUAUCUUCACAGUCAGGGACUUGUGCACCGGGAUAUCAAACUUAAAAAUGUCUUGCUUGACAAAAAGAAUCGAGCCAAAAUCACUGACUUGGGGUUCUGCAAACCAGAAGCCAUGAUGUCUGGCAGUAUUGUAGGCACACCCAUUCAUAUGGCUCCUGAGCUCUUUACAGGAAAGUACGAUAACUCAGUGGAUGUUUAUGCGUUUGGAAUUCUGUUUUGGUACAUCUGCUCAGGACAUGUGAAGUUACCAGAAGCUUUUGAGAGAUGUGCAAGCAAAGAUCACCUUUGGAACAAUGUGAGAAGAGGAGUUCGUCCGGAGCGUCUUGCGGUGUUUGAUGAAGAAUGCUGGCAGCUGAUGGAAGCCUGCUGGGAUGGAGACUCCUCCCAGCGCCCUCUCUUGGGGAUUGUUCAGCCUAUGCUGCAGGGGAUCAUGAACAGGCUCUGCAAGUCAAGCUCUGAGCACCCAAAUAAAGGUCUGGAUGACUCUACUUGAAAAGGAAGCAUGGGAGAAUUUUUAAUGGUGGGAGAGUUCUGAACCCCUAACUCUGCAGAUGGUUUCUUCAGGUGUAGCUCUUUCUGGUUAUCCUGAGUGGGACAGGAAAUAGCAACCAGAAGACUGUUUGUCAAGGUGAGACCUCGAGGAGGUUCCAUCCUGCGCAGCAGCCAGAGAAGUCUCCCCCGGUACAUCCUGUCCAUAGUAGUUACCCUGCUGCACCUUUAUUACGGAGCUGUGCCAAUGAAAGAGAAAAUCCACGCCCUUGAACUAAAAGGGGUUUUUUUGCCAGUCCCACACAAACACCAAUCAAAGAAAAGAAUCUUGCAUGUUCCAGGUAGCGUCUGUGUUGCUAGGAGUUGAUCACGACAGUCUUUACUUGGUAAAGUGAAAGCUCUUCCCGUUAACUGAGGGUCCCAGGUGGCUUUCCAUACAACUAUCCCAAUCCCUUCUUGAGUCACACUAAUCACGGUGUGGUCGGAAAGGAAAGAGAAAGCAGAGGCUCUAGGCUAGAAAGCGUUUAGAAGCCAGGAUCAUUUAUCUGUGUUAGCUUCUUGCAACACUCAAAAUGUUUACAUUGAGAGAAGCAAAGCUUCCAUGUUUUACUUAAGGGGGUUUACCUACUGUUCUACUGCAGUGCAAAUACCCCAAGUUAUAAGCUAUUUAUCUCUUGUGUACCCUUCACCUCUUAAUUCUGUAAACGAGCUCUUUUCUUUCCUGGUAGUUUUGCUUCAUAAUAGUUAAUGGUAAAAUGGAAGAGUGCUCAGAGAUUAUGUAUUGUAAUAGCGAAACAAAGUCAUUACAAUUAAUGACUGUCCAUGGGGAAAAUGCCAAUUCAUUUUAAUUAAAUUUGGGGGUUGGAUUAGUUGUAAAGGCAAUGACAGUUUUAAAUUGUGCUAUGACAGACGAACUGUUUUAAAAAACAAGGUUUCUUAAGCUUUUUUAAAGUCACGUGCUUGGUGAAAGCAUACUCGAGGGAAAACAGGUCGUUUGUUCUUCUCCUGUAGCUUUUUGGCUAUGUCCGUUCAUUGUUUCACUCGAGGAUCUCAAAUUUAGCUGUGUUGAAAAGAAUUAAAAAUGGGGGGAGGGAAUCCUUCGCCAGGAAGGUUUGGGGCUGGGGUGGUUCUGCUGCCCUCGCCAAGAGGGCUGCUGGAAAGAAUCCUUUCCCCCUUGGCCUUUGCAUUUCUGGGACGAGGUGUGUCGAUCUUAAUGUGGGGUGGAGGGGGGAGUAGAAAAAGCACCUUGGUUUACUACAUGAAGAAGUACUGAGUUGGCAAGUUCUCCCUGGGUUUACGGUUCCUCCCAGCCGCAGGGGCUGGGCACGCCAUGGCUUUGUUUCCCAGGAAAGAUAACAUGCUGCGUCCAGAAGAGUGUAGGCAUGUGGAAUUACUGCACCAUGUUGCUGGAAUUUAUUGGCUAGUAGACAUCACAUUACAACCCCUAGUCUGUCUGUUAAACAGCUUGAACAAAGGAAAGGGAUACCUAACCCUGCAGUAUUAGUUUAGUUUAAAUCUUCCUUUGUGCAAUAAACAGAAUUCAUGUGUGUGUUUUAUAUAUAUAUAUGUAAAAAAAAAAAGACUUUUUUUUUUUUACUUACCUGCAUGUGUGGGCAUUGUUCUGGUCUGUGAUGGCAUAAACAGAAUGGUUCUAAACCACUGUAGCCUCGCCAGCUGAAAGCGCAGCCGCCGAGAAGCACCCACGUGAGAGAACGAAUACUUUUCCAAAGUAGAAUUGUCAGGUGUUCCACUGCCUCGGCGCACGCUCGCACUGCCGAUGACACUAACAGUAUUAACUCUGCUCCACUGUGCGUGGUGGUUAGUAACUGUAUUUACAACCAGGAGAGUCAAGGUCAGUCUCUUGCGAUUAAUAGAGGUGGCUUGUGUAAAUAAUAAAUGUAUGAAUAAAAUUGAAGGCUCUGUGUAUGG